GUAGAGGUAUUCAUAUUUAGAUUAAUUCUCAUGGUUGUUGUAACUACAUCAUGUUAAAUUUUUAUAAAAGAUUAUUUAAAGUUUCGCAAUAAAUGUAGUGCUAUAUAUAGCAUGCUGCUGCAGAAGACUCUUGCACUAAAUAACCAGUUUGAGUAGGUGGUGGUGGUCACGUUAUAUACUUGCAAGAAGUUAUGGAUUCCACUGAGGGGGACAUGGUGGCGGUCGGAGAGAUGCUGAUUCAGCCGCAGCGGCGCGAGGUGGUGGUGCCGAGAGACCCCGGGCUUCAGGGUCUUGAUCAGGAUCACCGGAGUAGUAGUAGUGAUGAUAGUGAUGGUGGUGAUGGUAUGGACAUUAAGAAGGCUAGCAAUGGCAAUGGACAUCAUGUUAUGAAAGCUGAGGCAGAAAAUUUUGGAAAAAGUGUUUACUUUGAUGAGGGUUCAGGAUUUUGGAAAUGUCGACACUGCGUUUGGACUUAUGGAAUGGGAAAUCGUCGUAGGUUUAACUUGUCUGAUUUUAGAGAUUCAGCCGAUGAACUGUCUCUUCACAAGGAAAAGAAUGGAGUUGCAGAGUCAGAUGUGAAGCAAAAGAUUUCGGAUCCUAUUCAAGGUUAUUCAGAGGACAACGAAAUUUUACCUGAGACAUCUCAUGAACCAGAAAUUAAACCUGAAAUUCCUUCUGCCAAAGUGAAAUCAAAGCAUGUAAAACUUGAGAACCUGAUUGAAGAAAGUGACGAUGAUGAGGAUGUUAUAGAAUUGGAAUUCGAGAGGGAGAUCAAGAGGCGGGAUACACAUACUAUGCACUGUCCUAAUUGUAAUGCUGUCAUAACCAAAGUUGUUCUUCGUAAAAAAAGAACCAAAAAGGGACUAUCUGCUACUCCUCCACAGCCUGAACCUGUUGACCUUCUCGGGUGCUUGUCAUGCUGCAGUGUAUUCGUUCCUUCAGGAAAUUGUUUCAGUUGGAUCAGGCUUCUGGCAAAUGGAGGGGAGGAUAGUGAAGUUCCUCAACAAACAAAUAUUUUACAAUCUGGUUCAACUGGAAAUGAUGGAAAUAUGGUGAUCGACAAAGAAGGAGAUUGCUUUAGUUUGUUUCGGAUAUUUGGAAAUAAACCAGAGAAAAAGAGCACACAGAAACCUCCAGAGCAGUCCUCUUAUGAUUCUGCACUUGCUGUUGGGAAUCCAAUAACUAAUCAAGGAGAUGGCCACGCACAGGAUAAAGAUCAAAAUCUUGAAGGAAUACCAAAUGUAGUUCAACCAGUUCCAAAUGGAAGUGCCAUGGUUAACCAAAAUGUAGUUCGACCGGUUCCAAAUGGAAGUUCCAUGGUUAACCAAAACGGUGGCGCCUCAGUUAACCAAAAUGGAGAUGGCAUGUCCACUUCAAACCAUAAAAUUGGAACACAUCCUGGAUAUCCUAAACCUCCACUAUCCACGUCGCCAGCAGACUGCACUAUUGAUGUAGGAGAGCACGUCGCUAGUGUUCCUCAAGGAAAUGGCACUAGUGUGGGUGAAGAACCGCAAUCCUUACCAGGCAUAAUACAAGAAUCUCGUGGAGAAAUACCAACUAGAUUGACAGGAACUGGAGAUUCCAAGUCACUGGAGAUUGUGAAAAGUAUAGUCUAUGGAGGCUUAAUGGAAUUCAUUACAAGCCUAAGUAUUGUUACUUCUGCAGCUGCAUCUGGAGCUACAAUGCUGAAUCUUCUGACUAUCGGGCUUGCAAAUCUGAUCGGUGGACUUAUCAUCAUCGGUCAUAAUCUGUGGGACUUGAAAAGCGAUCAAUGUGAAGGGGCAUCCAACAAAUAUCAAGAACAACUUGGCAAAAAAGAAAAUUUCCUACUACACGCAACAUUUGCAGUGUUAUCAUUCCUCGUAUUUGGCCUAAUUCCUCCCGCGACAUAUGGCUAUGCAUUUGAACAGAUGAACGAUCAGAAUCUCACGCUAGGGGCAGUCGCGAUAGCCUCUUUGUUAUGCAUCAUCAUAUUGGCGUCUUGCAAGGCAUAUAUUAUGAAGUCGGAAAAGUUGAGCAUGUACAUUAAAACUAUAAUGUACUAUGUCUGUAUCGCGCUUAUGGUAUCGGGGAUUUCUUAUGAGGCAGGAGAUCUGAUCAACAAACUCAUGGAGAAUUAUGGUUGGUUCGAGAAGACUUCAGCAUUCCCUCUGUCUCUUCCUGGCGCGAGCUCGAGAAUUAAUCGAGUUCCCUGGACAUCCUACUGAAGAUGUUGUGGAGAUUUUGAGUUCAACAGAGUUUGUUUGCUUUGUAUUAUGUGUAUGAAAUGAAGACAUUUCACAACUGUUUUUUGACUGAUUGUUAUGAUGACUGUUCA